AUGGGUUGUGGAAGUACGAAAGCAGCAACUGAUGAUGAGAAGAAUGCCGUUGAAAAUUGGCGACAAAAACGUGAACAAAAACGUUCAAAAAAUGUGAAUACAGAUAAUGAAGAAAUAUCAAUAUCACCAUUCAAAAUUGAACCUAUCAGACGAAAGCCUAUACAUAGUGUCCCUUCACCGCCAAUUGAAAAAAUCAAAUCAAAAAGUCCUUCACCUAUGCGAUUCAAAGGUCCCGCUAAAAUUCAUGAAAUAUAUAUUGAAAAACCUAUUGAAAUACGUGGAUUUGGUUUUAAACUUGAUGGUGGUCGAUCACAAAAUCGACCGAUAAUUAUUUCAGCAAUUGAAGAAGAUAGUCCUGCUGAUAAAGCUGGUUUAUGUAUUGAUGAUGAAGUUAUAUCAAUGAAUAAUGAAAAUAUUGAAAAUCUUACAUUCGAUCAAGUACGAAAAAUUCUUAAAGAACGUAAUUUACGUGGUAGUAUUAAAAUGAUUGUUAAAACUUAUGAAGAUACUAUUGAUGAUAAUUCUCAAACAGUUACAAAUGGAUUUCCGACUGAUCAUAGUCGAACUCCAUCACCACCUAAACAUAUAUCAACUACAACAAUAUCACCAAAUAUUCCAGUACCUAAAACAAAUUCUACACCGAAUAAUUUAUCACCUGUUUAUACAUUUUUACCUUAUACUCCAUCUGAUUCAAUAAAAGUUAAUACUGUACAACAACCAAUUCCAACAUCACCAAUAAAUAUACUUGCACCAAAACCAUAUCGUUCAACUGCGUCAAUUAAUCUCGAUCCACAAAAUAAUCAUGAUUCGAAUAUGAAAUAUACAUCGCCGAUUGAAGCAUUUCGAAGAAUGCUUAAUUCAUCGAAUAUAAAUAAACAUACAGUGAAUGAGACACCAGUGCCGAAUGAAAAACAACAAAUAAAUUUAUCUAAACAACCACCACCUCGAGUUAUAACCAAUACACCUCUAACAAUUGUUGAACAAUUUCCACCGCCACCGCCGCCGCCAACAUUAUCAUCCGUUCAAUCUGUUUUAUAUGGAAAUUCAACUGUUGAUAAUAAUAUAAAACAACAACGUGAUGAAUCUCCUAUUGCUCAAGUACGUUCCUAUGUUGAAAAACAAAUGGAUCAACUUCAACAAGAUCUUGAAUUUGGCUUUUCACGUGCGCCUAAAAUUCAUUCACCAUCAUCACCAACAUUACCUCGUACUCCAACUCUUGCACGAGAUCAACAGCGACCGGUGAAUAUUCCUGUCGAUUAUACUAAUCCUUCAAUAUCACUAUCUCCACCACCGCCACUACAACAACAACAACAAAACCAGCAACCGGAAUUUUUACGUUCAUCAUUGAAAAAAUCACUUUCUACACAAAAUGAAUUCGAACAAAUUCCAACAAAUCGUACUUAUGGUUUAAAAAUAAAUCCUAAUGAACAAGUUAUUCAUUAUCUUGAUCCAUAUCCUCAACAAGUAUCAUCGGUAAAUUUUACAAAACGUUCUAUACCUGAUUUACCAUCGAUGACAACAAUUCAUCGACCCAGUACAGCACAUUCAUUAGAACGUACAGUUAAUGAAUUAAGAAUUGAAUUACCAGGAUCAUAUUCAUCACAACCACAAAGAAAAACACCAAAUGGACAUAGUAAUGGUCGUCGUUCAGCACCACUUGCUCCACAUCAACAAGAAUUACAGAUAAAUAGACAACCAAUGUCUAAUUAUCAUGAUCAUCAUUCAAGAUAUGAACAACAAAGAAAUUUUGAAUCAUCACCAAAUAAACCAAAUCGAACGAGAUCAGCUGGUCGUACACUGAAUAAUGAACGAGUGUUAUCUGUUAGCGGAAAAUUACAUUGUUCAAGAUGUAAUGAAGAAUUAGGACAUGGUUCAGCUAUGGUUAUUGAAUCACUUAAAUUAUAUUAUCAUAUAGAAUGUUUUCGUUGUUUUGUUUGUAAUGUUCCACUAACAUCAUCUCCUGAAGGUAUUGAUGUUCGUAUACGCAACAAUCGACUUCAUUGUCAAAAUUGUUUUUCUGAUGAAAAUGGUGUGAAAUUAAGUGCUGUGUAA